GUCCCUGGAGUUGGGGACUGGCUUCAGUAGACUGCUAGUCUCUGGCACAGUUAUUUUGGGGGUCGUGGGCUGAAAAGUUUGGGAACCCCUGUAGUGCAGACCGUCUGUCGUCUAUGCCAAAAACUGGACGUGUGUGUGAGGAGCUCCACGGAUUGCUCCAUUUGGACCUGGGUACGGGCACGUCACUGUACCCAGGAAGAAAAAGACAAAUCUCCGACGAGGCGUUCCGGGGCGGUUUGUGACUCUGCAGACCGUUUACAUGCAGGAAAAGCUUCAUAACACACAAGGGGACGGGUACUAACCGGAAAAGCAUGACCUUUAAAAUCCGUCCUCAACAGACGGGGUUUGGGGUUUGCUUGAAACUCGGGCUUUUAUUUUGAAAAGCUUUGAAAUCAGUAUCGAGCGCUCUCAUUGGCUCCUCUGUCAGCCAAUGAAGAAAGCCCUUGUACGCAUGCCCUGCUUUCUCCAUGUGAGAAGUGCUACAUGCUAAAGAAUCAUCAUGCUUCGCCGAGAAGUGAGACAGCGUCGAGAGUACCUGUACAGGAAGGCCCAGGAGGACCGGCUCCGAACCAUCGAGGAGAAGAAGCAGAAGCUCAAGGGAGCACUUGAAGAAAAUCGUCUCCUCCCAACUGAAGUACGCAAAGAUGCCCUGGAGCUGCAGAAACUACUGGAGUACGACGAUGAAGGAGCAGAAGGUGUCAGCUCACACAUGGAUGAUGAGUAUAAAUGGGCCGGAGUGGAAGAUCCUAAAAUCCUGGUGACCACCUCCAGAGACCCCAGCUCCAGACUCAAAAUGUUCUCCAAGGAGAUAAAGCUGAUGUUUCCUGGAGCCCAGCGCAUGAACAGAGGAAACCACGAGAUGAACGCACUGGUCGGCGCCUGCAAAGCCAACAACGUCACUGACCUCGUCAUCAUACACGAAACCAGAGGAAACCCAGACGCCCUGGUGGUGUGCCACUUGCCUUUUGGACCCACGGCAUACUUCACCCUGUACAACGUGGUCAUGAGGCACGAUGUUCCCGACAUCGGCACCAUGUCUGAGGCCUACCCCCACCUCAUCUUCAACAACUUCUCCUCCCGCCUCGGCACCAGGGUAUCAAAUAUCCUCAAGUAUCUCUUCCCGGUGCCAAAGGAGGACAGUAGGCGGGUCAUCACGUUCUCCAACCAAGAGGACUUCAUCUCUUUCAGACAUCACACCUACAAGAAAACAGACCACAAGAACGUGGUGCUGACUGAAGUCGGACCCAGGUUUGAAAUGAAAUUGUAUAUGAUCAAACUGGGCACCCUGGAGAACGAGAGUACGGCGGAUGUGGAAUGGCGUCACCAUGCAUACACACACACAUCCAAGAAGAGGAGGUUCCUCAGUGUGCAAUAAAAAUAGUAAUAAAGCAAACUGUUGUACAAAACUGUGCUUUCUGGACUAUGUUUUAUACCAUUCUUAAAAUAUGGUGUUUUUUAAAUGACAAGUGAGUUUAUUUGACCAAAUAUAGAGAGUUUCACACAGUCAAACUGCAUCGUAUUCAUCAAGACUAAGUCAUUUUCAAAACCAAAUUCAAAAUGUUAUUAUAACUGUUGUACUAUUUUAAAAAUAAAAUGUGUAUCUUUACAUUUA